UUGAGUCAACCCACCCACCUCCAGUUGCCACGACUGCAGCAGCAGGACGACAAGAUGUUGAAGUUGUUGUUCUGCACGGUGGUCCUGUGCGUGUCCAUGAGUGUUCGUACUGCAGCACAGCAGGACGAGGAGGUGAAGAUCCAAGUUGUGUUCCGAGGAGAACCAUGCGAAGGAAAAAGCAAGAAAGGAGAUCUGAUGAACGUUCACUACGAUGGCUUCCUCGCCGAAGAUGGUUCGCAGUUCUAUUGCAGUCGAUCUGACAAAGCUGGACACCCCCAGUGGUUUGUCCUGGGAGUGGGACAAGUUAUCAAGGGCCUUGACAUUGGGAUGAUGGACAUGUGUCCAGGGGAGAAACGGAAAAUAACAGUUCCCCCUGCCCUGGCCUAUGGGGUGAAAGGCAAAGGCCCUGUGCCGCCGAACGCGACUGUUGUGUUCGAAGUGGAGCUCUACUCCGUGUCCAGGGGACCACGCAGCAUGGAAGCUUUUGGAAAAGUAGACCUCAAUAAUGACCGCAGUCUCACAAGGGCAGAGGUAAAAGAUUACUUGAAACUUGAAUUUGAAAAGGAUGGGAAGCCACGAGAUGAGCCCUUCUACGAGAAGAUAUUGAAUGACAUAUUCCGCAAGAGUGACAACGACAAAGACGGGAUUAUCAGCGCAAAGGAGUAUAAUAUUUAUCAACAUGAUGAGCUGUAGUUUCUGUAGUAGUUGCUAGUUAAUCUUUUCAAGUCGGUAUGUUUAAAUGCUUAGGUGAUAUAGGGGGACAAAAAAUACAAGACUGUGAAAGGAAAGUCCACUAUUUGAUGGAGACCUGUUGUUGAUUGAAGGGGUAGUUACUAUUUUUGAUAUGUAAGAGUGUGUGUGAAACAUUCCAAGACUGGUUUCACAAAAGAGAUAUUGGGUUUCAAAUCCCAGCGACAAGUUUUCACCUUUAAAGUACAGUCAAGUUAUUUUUUACAGAACUGCAGGCAAUGCAGGUAAUCUGUUCCAGACACACAAACAAGUAUCAACACAUGUAAAAUACAUUAAUUACUUUUACCUUUAUUGAAGACUCUUGUUGGCAAAUACAUCAAUGAAUGCAGAGGGAGGGAAGAGCCACACCAACGCCACCUUUGUACUUUGUCUCUCUAAGACACUCACAACUUUUUUUGGCCCCAUCGUGGUAUAUUUUACAAUUAUCAAUAAAAAACGUUGAUA